AGCGGGCGUUGGAGUUAAUAAGACCGGAAGAGCACGCAGCGGGUCUGGCAGCUGUAGAUUGAAUUUACUUCUUGUCUUUGCAUUAUGACGUUUAGUUUUCUCUUAUGGAUGCACAAUGACUUUUAAAAUGAUUGAAAUUAGGUAAUCCGUCGGUGUGUGUAUGGUUAUUACACACGCUUGGCUUUGGUGACCUCGCUAAUGUUAGCUUGUCUAACUUGUGGGGGGGGGAAGCGACAGCGACAGCGACAGCGACAGCGACUACAUCAUCAAUUUAAACGGCACAAGUAAGGACAAUGGACAAUCUGGAGGAAAAUGCUACUGAAAGGAUUCUACUAGAACCAUACAAUUACCUGCUACAGCUACCAGGGAAACAAAUCCGCACUAAACUUUCUCAAGCAUUCAACCACUGGCUCAAUGUACCUGAUGAUAAACUUCAGGUAAUCAUUGAGGUAACGGAAAUGCUGCACAAUGCUAGUCUCCUGAUUGAUGACAUUGAGGACAGCUCUAAAUUACGCCGCGGUUUCCCUGUAGCUCACAGCAUCUACGGCGUUCCAUCUGUUAUAAACUCUGCAAACUACGUCUAUUUCUUGGGUCUAGAGAAGGUGCUGACACUGGAACACCCUGAGGCUGUGCAUGUGUUUACUCGACAGCUACUGGAGCUUCAUCGUGGCCAAGGCCUGGACAUCCACUGGCGUGACACAUACACUUGCCCAAGUGAAGCAGAGUACUGUGGCAUGGUACUGCGCAAGACUGGUGGAUUAUUUGGCCUGGCAGUGGGCCUCAUGCAGCUCUUCUCAAAAUGGAGCUGUGACCUUAAGCCCCUUCUAGACACACUUGGGCUCUUGUUCCAGAUACGCGAUGACUAUGCCAACCUCUGCUCACGUGAGUAUGGCGCAAACAAAAGCUUCUGUGAAGACCUGACAGAAGGCAAAUUCUCCUUUCCCACCAUCCAUGCCAUCCAUACACAGCUCCAUAGCACACAGGUCCAGAAUAUCCUACGUCAACGCACUGAGGAUGAAGAUGUCAAGCGCUAUUGUGUUGAAUAUUUGGAGAAGGUGGGCUCCUUUGCUUAUACCAGGCAGAAGCUACAUGAGCUAGAGAAGGAGGCAUAUAGGCUAAUUGCAGGAUUAGGGGGGAACCCAGAGCUGGAGGGACUAAUAGAACAUCUCAGCCACAUUUACAAGGAAUGAGAGGAAACAUCUCAUUUUAAUCACAGUGUUUAGAUAAAUACUGGCCAAAGAAUAGAGCUACAUCACUCCUAAAUUUCUCAUCCUUCUCCAAACUCCUCUCACUUAAUUUUACAUUAAAAAACUUUAAUUCCUUUAAACUUUAAAAACGUUCAUUUUGGCAACAGUGAGAUUACAUUGCUUUCAUUAGUGCAGUUCCUCCAACCAAUUCACCUGUUUUUUGGUUUUUUUUUUAGAAAUCAGUAAAUCACCAUACAUAAGAUACAUAAGAACUGAUGUAUAAUCAUAUUCAGUGACACAGUAUCUGAUUGGGUCAUAUGAGGGAAAUGAAGCUAACAACAUAAAAGAUAUGAUAAAAUGUAUUCUGUGCUUAAAGCUAAAGAUUUGACCUUUGCCUUUUCAGUACAUUCAGAGAGGAUUAUAAAUGUGCAAAUUUUGUAAAACAUAUUCUUUUCAGUGGAAUUGGACACAAGAUUUGUUUAAGGUGGAUUUUACCUUUUGUUUAUAUUUAAUACACUGGCAAACCAUAGUGCCAUUAUCAAUGUUGUAACUUUUUCAAUAAAUCAGAAGGAAAGAAAA